CACUUGCCUAACCUGUUUUGACGUUUUCUUGCGUCAGCAGCACGCGAUGUCUCGUUGGUCCGUAGCUGCGAGGUUUGCGGUAACCUAAAUGUGACGUUCUUGGAUAUUCUCGUCAUUUCCUGCGGGCUUUAGCAGUUAUCAGCAGUCAUACUUCUAGUGGUAACUGAUCUCCAGCGGUCAUUCUACCGUUGCAUAAUGGCGGAAAGGGAUUUGCGUUUUUACUAAAGAAGCGGAUCUGUCGAUCUGGUGUUGUGUGAUGCGUAUCAAGCCAGUGACGAAAUCGUGAUCCAGUGAUCCUUAUCUAUACAGAAGCGGAGACUUGUUCACGUCGCUAGAUUUCUUUGCUGCUAUAAAAGUCAGUGUGACGACAAGGAUUUUUUCGUCACUCGACACUCAUUAUUUCCUGAUCAGUGUUCGCCUUCGGAAUCUUUGAUUUGUACCGAUAACACGUUUACAAAUUAUCUGCUCGUAUUGCAGUAGUGAUUAUUCAGCAGCUGCCUAGUGCAUACCGUAGGAUUCUCAAAAAUUUUAAGCAUUAAGCUGUUUUAACUUGCCCUGGACCCUGCCCCUUGAUUAUAGUUGCUCAGAUGAUGUGAGCAGCAACCUGUAGUCUAUAGUUCAUCCUCGUAAAUCUCUGAAUUUCCGAAAAUGGGCAAUCGUCUGUCCAGUUUGGUCAUCUGCCAUAAUACUCCUCCGCAACCGAAACCUAUCUUUAACGUAAAGGCCACUGGUGAUAGUACAUUUUUGGGAAAUGGGCAGCUGGAAAUCACUGGCGAUAAUCUCAUCUUGGUGCUCCUGGAUGGCAGUAAAGAGCACUAUUCCUGGCCAAUUCGCAGCAUCCGCCGCUAUGGGUGCGAGAAGAAUCUCUUCAUAUUCGAGAGUGGGCGACGGUGCGCGACAGGCCCGGGUGUCUAUCAGCUGAAGACGAAAGAUGCCAAGAAAAUCAUGCUGCUAGUGCAACAGAGCGUCAGUGCCAUCCAGGAAAUGGACAACGCAUUCCGCAAGGAAAUGGUCGAGACGGUUGUGCGCCCGGCGAAUGAGACGGAAGGAAAACCGCCAGCAAAGAGUAGUCUUGAUGGCGCGGAAGACGGAAAGCCACGGUAUGUCAACUGCGACGCCAUGGGCCGGCCGUUCGUAACCAACUACGCGUCGCUGGAUUUACCGCGCAAGGACGACACGACCGGCAGCAUCAAGAACAAAGCGGACCUUUGGAGCGGAAGCUACGAUGUCCUUGGCGAUUUUGACCAGAAGCCGACCUGCGUGAGUGGCUCACCUGUCGAAACAGUUGAAUACGUGCGGAUUGACCCGGAAGCUACAAAAGCACUUCUUAGCUGAUGAGCUGCAGCUGGCAACCUUUCAUCUUGAUCUUCCAGUUCGCACUAAUGAAUCACAGUUCCCCUCUCAAUCACAAUUCGAUGUGGAUAACCAGUUUUGUAUUUGUAUGACUUUUGUCUUCAUAACAACGAAGCAGCCUGGAUGCCCGCGGUAAUGGCAGGAAUUAUCGGUACCAUUUGUUUCGAACAAUGAUGUGGUGUUACGGACUUUUGUCAAAUUUAUGGAUAAGUUAUUGUGCUUAUUUUGUCAUUUUAAGAGUACGUUCCGAGCAAACCCGCGGGCUACGGGUUUGAUUUAGCAGCUUGCAUGUGAUGCACCUUCUUACCUUUGGAUCUUAUAUUUUCUUAGGCCGUUGAAGCUUUUCCAACCGUAUGUGGUUAAAUCAAAAGGCGUCCAAUGCAGAAUUUGUUUUUACAUAUUUUUAUAUAUAAGAUUUUAAUUUAUUAAUUCUGCUGCUGUGCGAAGUGAGCUUCCUUGAAGGUGACGCAACUUGUAUUAAAGUUCAUUCAUUGCCGUUAAGCAAGAACUAA